AUAAAACAAAAAGCCCUGAAGACAUAUGUGGAUAGCGAUGAGUAUAAAAAGGAAGUUGAAGCAAAUGUAAAGGCAGAAAAACUUUUACAGUUGCAGAACCAAACCGUACAGUAUGAAAACUUAGCACAAGAAAGUAAAAAUAACGACGCAGCCAUACAAAAGGUAAUGAAAAGCGUAAAAAAUAGAGACGGAACGAAAGAAGAAAGGUUUAUGAAUGCGAAUGACUUAGAUAGGGAACUUGUUAAAAACGGUCUCGGAACAUAUGAAAUGCCAUCAGAUGAGGUACAAGAAACUCCACAGGAAGAAGUUCAGAUACAACCAGACAUGGAAGAAAUAGUUCAGCAACAACAACUUGAAGCAGAGGGCAAGUUACCAAAAGCGACACCAAAGAAGAAGAAAAGAGUAGAACAAAGUGAAAUUAGAUGA